CUCUCUCUCUCUCUCUCUCUCUCUCUCUCUCCUUAAUUAACUAGCUCCUGCAAGCUCUUGGGCUCUGACCAACACUCCAACGGCUAUCCUUUCUCUCUUUGGUGAAUAUGUGUUCCUAAUUUUUCAUUCUCCUUGAAAUGCUAUGCUUUCAUGUCUCCAUGAUUUCCCUGUGAUGUCCUCCAAACAGACCUUUAAGCCGUAAAAGCAAAAUCACUGAGGUUCAUUUAUCAUAAGAAGCUGAUGGUGAUAGUUUAGUCACUUUCGCAUGCACCAUCUCUCAACAUAUUUCCCUUCUCUUCUUCUUGAUCUUGACAAUCUAAUCACGUUGUCAUCUGAAGAUUUUCUCCUUUUCCACUUUCAGCUGAAGAUUUCCUCCUCCCGUUAGGCCAUUUUCCGGCUUUACCGGUCGAGCAAGGGCGGUUUUACGACGACCUGUGGGGAAAUGGGUGAUAGUUUGUCUGGCCUUUUCGAACAAGAAACUGAGUUCGGGAGCGAAACCAACUUCACUGGAGCAGCUUCUCCCGAAGAUAUUUUCAGUAUUCUCGAGACACUAGAGAAUGUAUCGGAGUUUUCUCCAUUAGGGGAAGCUGUUCCGAGCUCUAAGGAAGGAGGAGAAGAAGCUACAAGUGCUGCUCCGAGAUUGGCGUCUCAGAAGUCUUCUUCUUCUAGUGUCCUACAAGAGUACUCAGAGACCGAGAUCGAGGCUGAAGCUUCCCCUAAAAGCAAGAGACCGAAACUCGCAGCCACAGCUUCUUCCGAAGAUGCGAACGCUUCGGAUGGGCAGCAAAGGAUAUCUCACAUAACUGUGGAGCGCAACCGAAGAAAGCAAAUGAACGAGCACUUAUCGGUCUUACGAUCACUCAUGCCUUGCUUCUAUGUCAAAAGGGGAGAUCAAGCGUCGAUUAUCGGCGGGGUUGUCGACUAUAUCAGCGAGUUGCAGCAAGUUCUACAGUCGCUCGAGGCGAAGAAACAACGGAAGGUUUACAGCGAAGUACUAAGCCCUAGGCUGCAAGUUUCAAGCCCAAGGGUGCUACUACCCUCAUCACCACUUAGCCCUAGAAAGCCUCCACUUAGCCCUAGACUGAGCUUGCCUAUAAGCCCAAGAACACCACAACCAAGCAGCCCUUACAAGCCUAGGCUGCAGCAAACAAGUUACCUUAGUAGUUCACCCACCAUGCCCACUACUACUUCAGUACUUGAUCCAUCUCCUACUUCCUCUAGUACUUCCUCCAUUGACAAUGCUAAUGAGCUCGUUGCGAAUUCAAAAUCGGCGAUCGCGGACGUGGAGGUGAAGUUCUCCGGCCCGAAUGUUCUCCUAAAGACAGUUUCGCCCCGAAUUCCUGGCCAGGCCUUGAAAAUCAUAUCCGCCCUCGAAGACCUUUCGCUCGAAAUUCUCCAUGCGAGCAUCAGCACCAGUGAUGAAACCAUGUUCAAUUCAUUCACCAUCAAGAUUGGAAUUGAAUGCCAACUCAGUGCAGAGGAGCUCGCUCAACAAGUUCAACAAACAUUCUGCUAAUUACACGUUUGAUACAUAACAGAUAGAAUGGAAUAGGGUGGAAUGGAAUUUUGGAUUUAUCAUACGACUUCUUCAAAUUUUCAUUUUAUUCCAUUCAAAUCCUAUUCUAUUUCAUCAGCCAAACGUAAGUACUUACUAAUUAAUCAUAGUUAGGUUUACUCCCAGGUCCCAACCCUAGUAGUAAGAUGUGUUUGGAAUGACUUAUAAAAAUGACUUGUGUGACUUUUAACUCAAAUACUAAACUUUUUUACCCAAACAAGUCAAAAAGAAAAAAAAAAAUGAUUCAUUUGAGUUAAAUGUUGCAAAAUUCAUUUUUAUAAGUUGUCCCUCCAAAGAUAUUACAUGGGGAUGGCAAUUAUCAUGCAUAAUUUUAAUAGUAUUCAUCAUGCUCAGUUGUAGUUUGGUCAUAUGUGACUUAUAGUUGCUUCGUGUAACCCUUUUAAUGUUAAGCGUGCAUUGUUAAUCUUUAUUUCUAUUUAUGAAUGUAGUUGAUUA